AUGGAUACGCCCGUUACUCCAAGUACGGCAAAUGCCAUAUUGAAUAUUUUGGCAUCGAUGCAGAUUUCGUCGAAUUCUGAUGAUGAGGAUCAGUAUGGAACACCGAAUGGGUUUAAUAUGGGAAUACGAAACCCGCAUUACACCUCCUACAAGCAGAUUCAUAGCUCUAAACAGCACAACUGCAAACAUCAACGGUUUCAUCGGAUGAUAAACACAGCACCAAAGCUGGGUGUAUCAAAAAGAAGGCUGUCGAAUUCAUCUGAUUCUUCCAGCAGGAGUAUUCCAUCAGCUGGAGACCACGUGCGUACAGAUUUGAACAAUAUGCUAAACGUUGGAGGUCGAUUGGUGAGCCGAUUGAACAGUAAUCCUCGUCUUCGAGAAGGAAAUAAGCUCAAGAAAUUGACCGCUGGAAAAUUCAACAGUCGUAACAGGGCAUUCUUUGAUCCAUUUGACAGGGAGGCUCUUCUCAAACGAAUAGGGACAUUUAAUAUAUUGAAUUGGACAGUUCAUGAUCAGCGAUUAAUGCCUUUGGAAUGUGCAGCUAACGGUUGGGCAUGUCACAGGAAAAGAAGAAAUGAACUACAUUGUCAGGGAUGUCAUGCUACAAUUCUUGUGAGGCUCACCGGGCCCCAGGAUAUGUUUAAUCCUGCAAGGUCUAAAGCUUCUGGUGAAAACUCAAGCAAGAUGUCACUUCUUAGUAAUUUCCUGUUUGAAAGUGAUAUAGAAGAGGAAGAGGAGGAAGCGGAGUUUCGGGAGAUGCUAGUAACGUCAUAUGUGAAUAGAUUGCACACAGAACACUAUGCAGGCUGUAUCUGGAAGCAAGAGAACUUAGAUAUGUCGCUCAUUAAAAGGCAGUACUACAUUCGGCUAUCAGCGAUGGAUAGAGUCCUUCCUUUAUUUUAUGAAAAUUUGAAUGUCCUUGGACAGCACCAGGACAUGAUUUUGAGUCUCAAAGAGUUCAAGAAGAGUGCUCUUUCACAAACAGCUUUGAAUGCAUUGCAGGAGUACACUAAUCACAAAUAUAGCCCGUCCAUUUCAUUAAUAGCACUUCUUGGCUGGGAAUUGAGGCAGCAAAGAUUUGGAGAUAAAACUUUAGUUUUGCUCCUCUGCAGAAGUUGCACACGCAGGAUCUUGUUAGGGACAAUAUCAAACUCGUCACUUCUUUCGGACAUUCGUAAACUUGGAUCUUGCAAUUAUCCACCUCCGAAAGAGUUGACCGACGAUGGGUCUAAAGUUUCGAAAUCUUCAUACGAAAUUAUCACAAGCACCGAUCCACUGGAUGAGUACGGUAACAAUGUUGUAAAUUUGGUGAAAGAGCAUGAAAAAUGGUGCUGUAUAGUAGGCAGAUACUCAUCGAAUGACUCAAUUGGAUACGAGACCAUUCUAAAUAUGUUGCGAAGUAAUUCGUUUUCGGCACAGGAGGAAGAUAUGGAUGACAGCUUGCAGCCGUGUGACUUGGAUCGAAAGUUUAACGAAAGCAUUGCAAAGAUCAGAAGUAUUUAA